UGAAUCACACCCAAGGCGCCAUCGUCGCAGUCCAGUUCCGCCAAGCAUGCGCAGAAUUCACCUUCAGAGAUCGGCGACGAAUACGCUCGCUCACCGUCGUUCUUGAGCUUACCGCGCAGAGUCUCGUACAGAGCGAAACUAUCCGGGCGCAGGCAGGCGCCGAUCUGAAGCUGUGGCCGGACCUACGAAAGCUGUGGCGCGACCUAGCGCGGACGCAACUCUCCUUUUGGGACACCUACGAUUCGGGGGACGAGGACGAGGACCACGACGAGAAUGAGCAGGACAGAGGCCUCUGCGAGCUCUGCAUGAAUCUGGCCAAAUUCACGAGAAACCUCGUAGCCGGUGUACCUGCGAAUCAAUUGCGAGCGUAGGAGAACGAACCUGACAUCCGACGCUUGCUUCACUUCUACACGUCGUGGUCUGCGAUGGAGGAUCCCAAAGGAAUGGCUACAGCUCGUGCGCUAACGCAGGCCCUCUCAAAUAUGGUGACAACGAACGACACACUCGUGGCAACGCUAUGGGAGUCCUACCUCAACCUUCCAGAAGAUCAGGUCGUCCUCAUGCGUCUACUAGGAUCUCCGGAUGCAAAGACACUUCUGACGACGCUGGUAUUCAUCUUGAACUGCAUCCAUGGGAGUAGGAAGCGGGCGCAACUGUUGGUCAAGACGCGGGUUGGGGUUCGAAUAUCAAUCGGGCUGUUGGAUAACAUGGUUCGACUUCAUGAGGCGGAAGAGGGGAGUGAUGCGGCCAAGGCUUUUGACGUUGGGUAUACAAUAUUUACUCAAUUUGUCGAGGCUGGUAUGAUUCCAGACCUGUACAAGAAAUUCGCUGUGAAGGGCGAAAUUGUGACACCCCACCAAACGACGCUGCUGAAACUCGUAGAUUCCUAUCUACAAUCAACGCAGCUGGGCACCGCCAGCAUCCAAAUCCCCGACAUCCUGCAGACACAUGAGUCGCUGGGGCCGUUUUUGGCGAAACGGUUCUUUAGCCUGUCCGAAUAUGCACAGGCGGCGAUCCAUCGAGCGUUGGGCAUGGACCCCACGCCUCGAACGACGAACAGAAGCGACGAAUCGGCGACAACAUCUGGCUCCUCGGACUCUAUCUCGUCUUCGGGUCCGUUGAGCGCGGCCUCCUCGUCUGCGUCAACAACGCCGAAUUCGCCGCCUCCACCCAAGGAGCUCGACGUGAUGCUGCCCAAGGUGUGCGAGGCGCUCGUGCUCCUGACGCAGUGCAUCAUCACAAUAUGUCUCGAGGCCGAGGAGCAGCAGAUGCGCCUGGAAGAAGGCAUCUCGACGUUCGUCUCAUUCGCGAACAUGAAGAGCUACUUUGUGCAGAAGAAACACCAGGACCAGGGUAUUGUUGAGGUGCUAAUAGGCCUGCUCAGUUUGUUGGACGUCUUCCUCCCUCGCAUCAACUUCGGCAAGCCUGUUAAGCCUGACGGGACGCCAAUCGCUGAUCCCUCACCAUCGUCUUCAGGCGGUGGGGACGGUGCGGGGUUCUCGUACGUCAAGCGCGACCUGGUUCGGCUGCUCGGUGUGCUGGCCCACGGGGACAAGGCGGUGCAGGACCGGACCCGCGAGGCUGGCGGACUGCCUGUCGUGAUGAAUCUGUGUGUCAUUGAUGAGCGAAAUCCAUGCCUACGAGAGCACGCGAUCUUUACACUGCAUAACCUGCUGACAGGCAACUCGGAGAACAAGCGGUUUGUGGACAGCGUGAAACCGUCGCAGGAGUGGGCUGAGGACGGGACGCUGAGGACGAGAGUGGGUGCUAUCCUUCGGUAGC